CAUCUUUUUUUUUUGUUUACACAAAAACGAAUACCGGCCAUUAAAUUUGUAGGCCUAUUUCUAUGUAAACAAACAUUAAUGCCUAUGCAUGUUGUUCUAGGAUCAUUUACUAGGACGAAACUAUUCAAACAUUCCAAGCUAAAAAAGUGUCUCAGGGUUUUCUUCAGGACUGUAACCGGCGUGGUUCUCUUCCCUGCCAUGCUAUGGAUACGACUUUGCUGCCACGAAAAGGAGGAAACAAAUGACUGCAAUGAGACGGCACGACGCGUGUCUUCAGAAUGUGGCACUGCGCUGGCCCGUUCUGCGACUCAAGCACAAGUUUCACGUUCAAGCAUAGAAUUUGCCUGGACCAUCCACGCCUUGCAUCAGUACAUUCAACAUUACUCUGCACGGCGUUUUUUAACGCCCCACGAACAAGACAUAUCCCUAGCUUUUAUUCUUGGCUACCAUAAAAUCUUUGAUGAACCAUUUUACAGCGAGUAUCGUUCCAUGUCAAAAUGUGAAGAAAUCGAAACUAUCGUGACAUUGGCUAUUGGAACAUAUUUAUACAAACACACACACGAUCCAUUGAAGUUUUGGACUCGACUGGCGAAUACAAUGGAUAGUAUUGAAGAUGAAAACAAUUGCACACCUCAACAAGUGGAAUUUAGGAAGCAAGUAGCGCUCGCCCGGCUUGGCCACCCUUCGUUCCACUUUUUACCCAUGCAUGACAAUCAUGCAUUUCAAUACGGUUGGUUUUAUUUCACGUCUUCGUUUUUUGGAUCACGGAGUUUAUGUUGGCGAGAUCACAGUUUCGCCAAAGACGUUACUCUGGAGCAGGUUGACGAGUUAGUGGACCAAUUUAAGACCUUUGUCGACAGGGCUCCUGACUUUGAAUGUGCCAACUGGCUGCAGGCAAUAUACAUUACGAGCAUCCUGCCUAAAGAACACUGGCUAUACCAGAUGGACGAGUCAAUUGACUUUUUGGAUGCGAUUGAGAAGAUGAAGCAGCACCUUUUGCGCCAUUACUAGGAUGAAUGCGCGGACGAGAGAGCACAAGCACAACCGUAUGCCGCAAGACAUCGUGCCCAGCGCCCUCUCCAUUGUCCGAUCUCUCCCAAACACCCUCAACACAAUCAAAAACCUUCACUCGCCUUUACUAUCUCCUUUCUUUUUUUCCUCGUUUACAAAAUGUUCUUUUUUACCGACAGCUUCCAUUUUAACGUAGACUACAUAUAAAUAUAGCCAAUGACACGGACAGAAGAAAGCUAGCCACCUUAACGGUUGCUCUUGGC